UGACUUUUUAAAGGAAAACACGCGUAUGAAUGUUGGUUAUUGGAUGGAUGUAACUACUUCGUUCAUUCAAAACUCCGCGAGUACGUAAAUGACGCAGCGAUUGAUUACAUGCGUCCGAGGAACGAAUCGUCGCUCAUCCCGGAAGUAAUUCCUAAACAGUAACAUUCUAACUGCAGUGCUCCCACGUGUCCGGAGUCGGUGGCUUUUUCGCUUUGGGAAAGAGCAAAAAUGGAGAGCAUGGUGUUCUCCAGCCUUCCUCCAGAUCAGAGUGCACUUCUCGGAGUUGAGCCCCAAUAUGGUGACGCUGCAGAAAAGUUCACCAGUGCUUUCCUGAAGACCAGCGUGCCUAAACUGGGCACCCAGGACCUCGAGGACGUCCUGCUACACAAGGCCGUGGUGAUGCAGUUUGCCAGACAGAAGAAGAUGAAAGGAAAGAAGGUGUCACACAGAGGUCUGAAUGCCAGAGAGAGGAGACAGCUGAAGGUGUUUGAGCUGAAACCUGAGCAUCAGAAGUACGAACUCUUCUUACCUUUACAUGAUCUGUGGAAGCAGUACAUAACAGACCUGUGUAAUGGACUGAAACCUGGAAGCAACCCACAGAUGCUACAGCAGAAACUUCUGAAGGCCGAUUUUCACGGAGCUAUUCUGACAGUGGUACGGUCUAAAUGUCCCUCGUACGUUGGGACGACGGGAAUCCUUGUGCAGGAGUUGAAGCAUAUAUUUAAGAUAAUCACAAAGGAAAACAGACUGAAAGUCAUCCCAAAGAGAAACAGCGUGUUCAGUGUGGAAAUGGGAAACUUUGUUACCCACAUCUACGGAAGUAAGUUUGAACUCCGCUCCAGCGAGCGCUCAGCCAAGAAAUUCAAAAUGAGAGGCACUAUUGACCUGUAGUGACGGUGAAGUUGUGUUGUCAUGGUGAUUCUGGCUGGGUCUGGAACAAAGCUUUUCUUUUGGUUCCUGUUGUUUAUUUUUAUGACCCUUGGUGCUACAUGACAUUGUUGCAAAGGCUUUAUUUUUGACAUUAUCUUAUUAUUUAAUCCUUGUACAUCUGCAUUUAAAUGGGGUCAUGUGGGAAAUGUAUUUCAAGUUUGCCCACAAGGGGGAAGCCAGUGUUGGCAUUACCUCCUUGGUCUUUUCUGGAGAGGCAGAAUAAACCUGAAUGCUAACAGAAGUCUCUCUA